CUGGUUCUGCAAGACGGCGGGUCACUAUCCGACUGGCCCGAGCCGCAUCCAAUCUAUGCCGGUGGAAGAUGCAUUUGCAUUUUGCAAUAUGCCGUUGGUCGCAGCUGGGUAAAGUAGGUACGUAACACACCCAUGAUGGCGCUGUUCUCGGCGGCCAUGGCUGACUCCAUGUCCCCGACUGUGCUUGUGCAUGGCGGCGUUGGAAGCAGCGCAAACCGGUCAAAGGCUGAAAUGGCCCCACACGAUUUUGUACACAAUACUUAAGAGACAUGUACUAGAACGCUUGGGAACCAGAUGCAUAACCAGUGCAAGGAGUUGAGGGCCCGGAGCGCGCUUGGUCUUAUAAGCUCAGUGGCUGGUGGAUAGCUUCCCUUGGGUAGGCCUUUCCGCAUCGAAGCCUGUGACAGACAUUACAUGUAUACACAUACCAUCAUUCAUCAGACGAUGUCCAUGUGCCCGCCAUGGAGUAUCUCAACACCUCUGCAACACAGUCCUCAGAACUGGUGAUGAACAAGUCCUCUUACAUCCAAAUCAUCCUGGGCCUUCUUUUGCUGUUUCCACUCCUAUUGCUUCUACGAUGGCAGUCCUCAAACGGCGGCGAAGCGGGCAAAGAACCACCAUUGAUGGCUGAGACCGUGCCCUAUAUCUCCAAUUCGCUGCUGUGCCUCAGCAACAUGGGAGCGUUCUUGGACAAAGUGAGAGAAACAUUGGAGACACGCAAAAGCGGCAUCGCCAAAGUCUACCUCGGAUUCCGACCCGUGUAUAUAGUGGCCGGCGCUCAGAACGUGCAGAGACUGUUUGGCUCGCCCGAGGUCCUCGAUGGCGACUUCAUCCACUUCAUUCUCAUGAACGCGCAAUGGGGCCUCACCCAAGCCGAGAUGGCCCGGUUCCGCAAGGACAAGUCAGGCCGGCACAAGAAACCGCUUCCGGGCACAGAGCAGACGCCCGACGAUCAGCGGUACUGGCGCAACCACAACUUGCUCUACGCCAACUUCUUAUCGGAGGCGAGCCACUCGGACGCGCUGGCGGCCCAGUUCACCACGCGGUUCGCCGAGCGGCUCGACGGCCAGCCGGUUGGCGUGUGGACCACAGUGCGGCUGCUCGACUUCCUCAAGGCACACAUGGCCGAGUGCGCCAUCGCGACCCUCUUCGGCACGCGGCUGCUAGAACUCAACCCGGAACUCGUCAAGCGCUACUGGGAGUACGACGCGGUCGCUGGCCGCCUGAUCCUAGGAUUCCCGCACUGGAUGCAGCCGCGGGCCGUACGCGUCAAGGCCCGCCUGCACGCCAUGGUCCUCCGCCACAUCGACGCGGCUUGGGACAGUUUCGACUGGGCCGGUCCCGAUGCCGACGCCGCCUGGGAGCCGCAUUUCGGCUCGCGCCUGUCGCGGGAGAGCGCUCGCUGGCUGCGCGAGCAGGGCUUCUCGGACCAUGUGGCGGCUGGACAUACGCUGGCCACGCUGUUUGGACUCAACGGCAACACAGUCCCCAUCACGGCAUGGGCCAUGAUGGAGCUGAUCCGGGAUCCGGCGCUGCUGCGGGCGGUGCGCGACGAGCUGCGCCAGUCCGGCGCGUGCGCCCCCGACAGUGACACCCGCAGCGGGCCCACGCCAUUAAUCGCGAGCCGCGUCGUGGGCCUGCCGCUGCUGCAGUCGCUGUACGUCGAAGCGAUGCGCCUGCACGUCUCGUUCAGCGUGACGCGCGAGGUACGCAAGGGCCCCGUCGAGCUUGUCCCCGGCUACCGCGGCGCCGAGACGGGCGCGCUGGUGCAGGCCGUCUCGGACAUGGCGCACCUGGACGAGGCCGUCUGGGGCGUCGACGGCCACCCGGCGAGCGAGUUCUGGGCGUGGCGACAUGUAAAAUUUGUAGAUGAUGAACCUGAGGAGCAGGAGGAGGAUGACAGCGAGCGGAAUUCACCUGUCCGCACCCGCAAGAUGCAAUUUGCGAUGCGAGGAAGGCCCAGCUCGUUCUUCCCCUACGGCGGCGGAUACUGGGUGUGUCCAGGCCGGCAUUUUGCAAAGAUGGAAAUUAUGCUGGCGCUGGCCCUCAUGGUCACCAAGUUCGACUUCGAAUUCGUCGAGUGGACCAAUCUCGAUGGGACCAAGUCAGACAGGCCGGCGCGCGACGACAGGAACUACGCCGGUAUCAUCGCCAUGGUUCCGGACCGCGAUAUGACAUUCCAGUGGAAGAGGAUUUGCUAAUGAUAAGGAGCUCACCUGACAAGGAGGUGUAUAUAGUGCAAUUCAUGGUGUU